AUGUUUUCGUUUUGUGAUGAUGUGAACAAACGCUAUACGAAUAAGUUAGCGGAAAUUCCAGGCAGCGUUCACGCGGAAACGGCAAGACAAGUAGCGCGAGAAGAAUUAAUGGAAGAAUACUUUCUCCUUUUGAACGUGAUCAAGGCUCAGAGAAUCAUCGACACACCUAAAAUAUUAAACUUGCGAAGAGACCAAAUCGAUCUUAUCAAGGAAAAUACUUUUUCGUUUUGGAAAUCUCGCGGCAUGACACCUGAUGAUUUGUCGCAAAUCCUUGUGCAUAUGGACAAACCUGAGAGCGACUUGGUAAAAUGGAAAUUUAAAAGUUCUAUCUGA